AGUCUACGAUGUUGUUCCACUUCGGUCUGAAUGCCAUGUAACGCUUUGACAACAUGGACGCAGAGGAGGCUCAGCCUAUUAGAACCCAUUCCUCUCUGUCUCUCUCUCAAUUUCAACACCAACACCAACCCCAAUAUUCUACUUCACCUUCCUAUUUCUACUUUUUUCUCAUUCUUUUUUCAACCCUUCCUGGCUUCUGCACACAAUCUGGGCUAUCCAUCUGUUUGUUUUUUGUUCUGCUGAUUUUUCGUUUUGAACUCCAGAGAAAAAUAAACUUACAUGGUCUGGUUUCCACUGCAGCAGACCACUCAAGAUCCAUCUGGGAGUGGAGCUUGAUAUGAUCACUGAUAUAGGGGAAUAAGACCUUAUUAAUUUUAAAAAUGCUAAAUUUUGGCAGGACCAGAAGUCAGGCACGGGCAACCAGAUCUAUGUCAUUGGGAGGCAUGGAUUAUGUGGAUCCAAAACGGAAGGGCAAUUUUGUUGGAAAAGUUUUUCUAGCUGCUGCAUUGACGGUAUUAUGCAUUAUUAUGAUCAAGAGAUCUCCAUCUUUGAACUCCCCUAGUCCGUUUUCCGUCUAUGAACCAGGUGUCACUCACGUUUUAGUGACAGGAGGUGCAGGCUAUAUUGGCUCUCAUGCUACCCUACGACUUCUGAAGGAAUUUUAUCGUGUCACCAUAGUGGAUAAUCUGUCACGAGGAAAUUUGGGUGCAGUUAGAGUUCUUCAAGACUUGUUUCCAGAACCUGGAAGGCUUCAAUUUAUAUAUGCUGACUUAGGAGAUGCAAAAUCUGUUAAUAAAAUAUUUUCAGAGAAUAAAUUUGAUGCCGUGAUGCACUUUGCUGCAGUUGCAUAUGUGGGAGAAAGCACACUUGACCCUCUUAAGUAUUAUCACAAUAUUACUUCAAAUACCUUGUUAGUAUUGGAGUCUAUGGCUAAAUAUGGUGUGAAAACAUUGAUAUACUCUAGUACAUGUGCAACAUAUGGGGAACCUGAAAAGAUGCCCAUUACAGAGGAAACAGAACAGAAACCAAUUAAUCCAUACGGGAAAGCCAAGAAGAUGGCAGAAGAUAUCAUUCUUGAUUUCUCUAAAAAUUCUAAGAUGGCAGUAAUGAUUCUGAGAUACUUCAAUGUGAUUGGAUCAGAUCCCGAGGGCAGAUUAGGUGAGGCUCCAAGACCUGAACUUCGAGAACAUGGUCGAAUUUCAGGUGCCUGCUUUGAUGCAGCUCGUGGUAUUACAUCUGGCUUAAAGGUAAGAGGAACUGACUACAAGACCCCUGAUGGAACAUGCAUAAGAGACUACAUUGAUGUAACUGACUUGGUUGAUGCUCAUGUCAAAGCUCUUGAAAAGGCACAACCUGGUAAAGUAGGGAUCUACAAUGUUGGCACUGGAAAGGGUCGAUCAGUGAAGGAGUUUGUUGAUGCUUGUAAAAAGGCUACAGGGGUGAACAUCAAAGUAGACUUCCUUCCUCGUAGGCCUGGUGAUUAUGCUGAAGUGUAUAGUGACCCAUCUAAGAUCAACCACGAAUUGAAUUGGACUGCACAAUACACUGACCUUGAGAAGAGUUUACAAGUUGCGUGGAAAUGGCAAAAGUCUCAUCGUGAUGGUUAUGGCAUUUCAUCUGCAAUCUGAAGUUUCUAGGCUACUCACAUGCAUGGGCUGAGGAUUUUUUUUGUUCUUAGGGAGUUGGUAGUUCAUUCGUUAUACUUACUACAUGUAUUCAACAUAUAAUGAUUCAAUAAUACAAUGCUCAGGCUCUGGUAUAGCUUUUCUAUCUUUUGUUUCUGACCAAUGCAGCUUUGACUAGACUAUGGCACAGUAGAAUGCCACCAAAUAAAGUGCAAUAAUGUAUACAG